AUGAUUUGCCGGAAAAUUUAUCAGAGUAAACUCCGGAAUUCCGUGGUCCGGCAGAGCAUUUGCCGGUGGUUUCAGUCUUCUGUUGCUCCGUUGACGCCUGCUGCUACUGUAUGUAGUGGUAGUAGUGGCAAGAGAAUUCAAUCUCAACUUCACUUUUUUAGAAACAGUACGACAGCGUUUUGCUCAUAUAAUAAGCCAAAUGUUUCAUUUACUCUAAGAGGGUGUAGUUUUACAACUCAAGCUGCAAUAGAUCUCCCUGCUGGCGGGGUAAUUGAUAUACCUCUGGCACAAACAGGUGAAGGUAUUGCUGAAUGUGAACUUCUCAAAUGGUUUGUUCAGGAGGGGGACCUGGUUGAAGAAUUCCAACCUCUUUGUGAAGUUCAAAGUGACAAGGCAACGAUUGAAAUAACAAGUCGUUACAAGGGAAAAAUUUCUCAAAUUCUUCAUGUUCCUGGUGACAUCGUAAAGGUUGGAGAAACACUUUUGAAGAUUGGCAUUGAUGAAAUUCCAGAUCCCAUUGAAACUUCUGAUGCGUCAGAAAAAAUGACAUCCCUGGAAUCUGAUUGCAGUGGCUCAAGUGACAUCAGCUCUGUGCCUGGAAAACCCAAGAUCGGUGGAGUGUCAUCCACACCUGCUAUUCGCAACCUUGCAAAGCAGUAUGGUUUGGACAUAAAUGAUGUACCUGCAACUGGGAAAGAUGGAAGGAUACUUAAAGAGGACGUUAUAAAUUACGCAAUGCAAAAAGGACUAAUUGAAGCACCGGCAUGUGCACUACAAAAACUUUCAGAGGUUUCACCUCUCAUUGGAGGGGGAUAUGAAGAUAAGACACUUCAGCUAAGGGGAUACCAGCGUGCAAUGGUUAAGUCAAUGACAUUAGCUGCCAAAAUUCCACAUUUCUAUUAUGUCGAAGAGAUGAAUUGUGAUGCACUUGUGGAGCUCAAAACAUCAUUCCAGAAUGAGAAUUCUGAUCCGGAGAUCAAGCAUACUUUCCUUCCUGUCCUCAUAAAAUCACUUUCGAUGGCUUUAACUACACAUCCCAUGCUAAAUAGUCGCUUCAAUGAGGAAUCCUACGAGGUCAUCCUAAAAGGGUCUCACAACAUCGGAAUAGCAAUGGCUACUCCAAAUGGUUUGGUUGUACCAAACAUAAAAAAUGUUCAGUCUCUCUCAAUCUUGGAGAUAACAAAGGAACUGUCACGACUACAGAAAUUUGCUAAGAUAAACAAGCUUAGUCCUGAUGAUAUAUCAGGGGGAACUAUUACUCUAAGCAAUAUUGGAGGAAUUGGUGGAAAGUUUGGUUGUCCGCUCAUAAAUUCACCUGAAGUUGCCAUCAUAGGAAUGGGCCGGAUCCAGAAAAUUCCACACUUUGCUGAAGAUGGGAAUAUAUAUCCUGCAUCAGUCAUGACGAUUAAUGUAGGUGCAGAUCAUAGAGUUCUUGAUGGAGCAACAGUUGCAAGGUUCUGCAAUGACUGGAAAAAGUUUGUGGAAAAGCCAGACCUCCUGUUGUUGCAUACAAGAUAA